ACCUCCCCACCUGACCGCGGGUGCCACAGCUCGCGGUCUCGCCUGUCCCUUUUAGUCACCUCUUACGACAAGCAGGGAUUACUGUGAGCGUAUUCUGUUCCCCGACCCACAGGGAAACUGUUUUUUUUAACUAUCGAACACUUCCGGUUUGCCUUUUGGGAGGGAUAUAACGGAAAAUUAGUGGCUCGAGUUAUUAACUAGAGGUUCAGUGUAAUUACAUAGUAUAGUUAUUUUAAAUUACAAUUAAAAGAGCGAGUGAGGUGGGAGGAACAUUUUGAGACAUUAAUUAUUAAGGGGGGAACUCACCCGGGGGAAAUGUGACUGGUGAAAGAAAGUUAACCUCUCUCUAUGAGAGACAGCUUGGAAGAGGAUGAAGAAGGAAAAGGGGAGGGAGAGAGGAGUCUCCCUCCCUAAAAGCGGAAACACGUCGGUACUACGUGAAUCAAAAAUUAAAUUGAUCCAACGAUCAGCGGAGGAGAUCUAUAGGCUACGAACCAACAGGAUGGAAGAGGACACAACCCGAUCAAUGAGGAAGAGCAGAGGAGAAGGGGAAGACCCAAUCAGCGCGCCAGAGAAACUACAAUCAGCGCCACUGACGAAGGAGAAAGUAAAGACGAGAAGAAAAAGCCUCGAACAGGCAGUUGAAAACGAGUAUAGUGACGAAAGCAGAAACGUGAGAAAAAAACUAAAAAUCAUAGGAAACGAAAGGACAAAUAUGGAAAUAAACACAUAUAAAAGUGAGGUGGAAAAUAACGCAGAAAAAGAUUUGAAUGUACGAUCGAUAGUGGAAUCGAUAAAUUCGAGAGAAGAGAAGGCAAAGGUAAGAAACGGGAUCGGACGCUUUCCAACACGUGGUGCAACACGCGAAGGAAAGGAAACAGACUCUGAUUCGUCUUCAGAUAAAAAAUAUAAAUCUCAAAUUAAAAAGAAAUCUCCAAUCAAAGGUGAAACGGACAAUAUCCAUUUGUUUGAAGUAGAAGUAGUUAGGAAACUUAACAAAAAAGAAGGUAAUGUAAACUUUAAAUCAAAUAAAAAGCUUAAGUACUUGAAAAUUUUCAGAUUCCUAAGAGAAGAUAUUAAAAAAAUAGAAGCUAUCAAAAUGCUUAAUAAACAUAUCGCGGAAAUCAAAAUAAAAUAUCCAGAAGAAGGAAGAAACAUUUAUAACAAAUAUGUCAAAAAGAACAAUGGGGAAUAUAAAAUUCGUAUACCAAGAAGAUCCGAAUUUAGGAUAGGGAUCAUUAAGGAAUGGGAAUAUUCAUUGGAAGAACUAAAAGAGGAAACUAUUCCGGGAUAAAACAUCGAGUCGUUUGAAAGACUUAGAAAAAGGAAGAAGGUAGAUAAUGGAUACGAGUGGGUGGACACGCACAUGAUUAUUGUGAAGUUUAGGGGAACUAGCCUUCCCACUAAAGUAGUGAUUAUGGAAGGCCACGUCUCAUUAAAUGUUACCCCAUUCGUCAGAAAUAUUAGGCAAUGUUACCAAUGUCUACGCUUUGGCCACACAAAACGCUUCUGUCGGGAAACAACGAGUA